AUGUCUCAGAGUGAACCACUACCUCCAGCAUCUAGCACAGAGAAGUAUCCCAAGAUCUUCAUCAACACAGAACAGAAAACCAUGGGAAGAGUCUAUCCAUUCUCAGCCCAUGAUAACCAAGCUGCACUGCAAGAUACCAUCAAUGUAUUUGAUGAUGGAUUAGGCCGCAAGAAGUGCCUGGAUGAGCGUAGACAACAUAACUCCCACUUCUGCCUGUGCCACCAUGGAAGUGUGAGUGGCGUGGGGGAGACGAGGGGAGACUUCUCAGCCUAUCAGACAGACUACCAGGACCGCCAGGACACAGAGGGCUCCUCCACCAGCAGGCGUUUUCCCAGUAACCAUCUUGAUAGGUCCACUGUGGCAGCUGCUGCCCAGGCAGGAGAGCACUUUAUGUGGUUCGGGAGGCAUGAUGAGGACCGUCCUGUGCCCCUUGAAGUGCUGGCAGCUACCAACUGCUCCUCCUCAUCCAAGCCGUCCAGACACUCCUACCAGAUCAGGCAUUAGAUGAAUAUAC